AUGGCUCCAGCUUCGCAAGACUCGGACGCUAUCGUCAAGGCCCUGCGAGUACCUCCCCCACCAGGAACCCCGUAUUCCCUCCCCGUUCCUGGGACAGAAAAGGAAGGCCGGUCCGCCGUCUACAGACAUUGGAGAUUCCUCGAUAAACCACUGCUGGAGUAUCUGGAUCCAAGCGCUACUACCGCUCAUGAGAUCUUCGAGGCCUCGGCCAAGAAGUACGCGAAUGCUAAAUGUUUGGGACACCGCCCAUACGAUCCUGUUACCAAGCAGUAUGCGAACAACUUCGUGUGGAGCACAUAUGCGGAGCUGGCUCUCCGAAGGAAGAACUUCGGUGCUGGUCUAGUGGAGUUGCACAAGAAGGCUGGCGUCACGGGAGAGAACUACGGUGUUGGUUUGUGGUGUCAAAACCGACCGGAAUGGCAGAUUGCUGAUUUGGGAUGUCAGUCUCAAUCCCUGUUUACCGUAUCCAUCUACGAAACUCUUGGUCCAGAGACCACCGAAUACAUCAUCAAUCACGCAACCCUGAAUUGUGUUAUCACAAGUCUUGUACACAUCCCUACGCUGUUGAGACUUGCCCCUCGGAUACCAACACUGAAGAUUAUAAUCUGUCUGGACCCACUGGAGGCAGGAGAGCAACCUGGGAACUCCAAAGCAGAGCUUCUGAAUGCUCUUGCAGUAGAUACCGGUAUCUCGAUCCAUUACAUGGAAGAUGUUGAAGCUUUGGGUGCCAAGUCCGGUCUCCCAAUGAAGCCCCCGCGGCCAGAAGAUAUCAUCACUAUCAACUACACCUCUGGAACAACUGGGAAUCCCAAGGGAGUGGUUCUCACACACGCCAAUGCUGCGGCAGCAACUGCAGCCGCUCGGGUGACCGGCGAUACCAUGAGCUCCGAUGUGUUAAUUUCGUACUUGCCAUUGGCUCACAUCUACCAACGAGUGGCUGAACACGGUGCGCUUUCUGCGGGAGCAUCUAUUGGGUACUUCCGUGGUGAUAUCCUCGGCCUCGUCGAAGACAUGAAGAUCCUGCGCCCUACGGGCUUCAACUCGGUUCCCCGUCUGUAUAACAGAUUUGGCUCUGCCCUUCGAGCAGCAACUCUCGAUGCGCCAGGUAUUAGGGGUGCAAUGGGACGUCAUGUCAUCGCUACAAAGCUUGCAUCGAUGAAGCUCCCUCCUGGACAAGCAACUAACAAGCAUUUCUUCUGGGACCGAGUUUUUACUCCAAAGGUUGCUGCAAACUUUGGAUUCCAACGAUGCCGAGGCAUGGUUAGUGGUAGCGCCCCAAUUGACCCAACUCUUCAUCAAUUUCUGCGCGCCGCCUUCGGAAACGACUUCAUUCAAGGCUACGGUCUCACGGAAUCCUAUGCUGUCGGCGUCGCCCAAUCACAGGACGACUUCUCGUCUGGAAACUGUGGAGGGUUCGGUAUUGGCAUGGAAGGCUGUCUUCAGUCCGUGCCAGAUAUGGAUUACCUCGUAACCGAUUCUCCCAACCCCCGCGGCGAGCUUCUGCUGCGAGGAACCGCUCGAUUCCGCGAGUACUACAGAAACGAAGCCGAGACUGCAAAGGUCAUUACCGACGACGGAUGGUUCCGCACAGGCGACAUCGCAGAAAUCGACUCGAUGGGCCGCGUCAAGAUCGUAGACCGUGUGAAAAACGUGCUCAAGCUCGCACAGGGCGAGUAUAUCUCCCCUGAACGAAUUGAGAACGUGUACCUUGCCAAUACGAACAUUAUUGGGCAAGCGUACGUACACGGCGACUCGACGCAAUCCUUCCUUGUUGCUGUCUUCGGUGUCGACCCCGUUGCAUUUGCGCCUUUCGCAAGCGGAAUUUUGAAAAAGACUAUCAAUGCGGAGGAUAUCGAGGCUGUAAAGGCUGCGGCUAAAGAUAGCAAGGUGCGGAGGGCGGUUGUCAAGGAGCUGGAUAAGAUUGGCAAGAAGAACAAGUUUAAUAGAUAUGAGCUCGUCCGGAAGGUACACUUGGAGAUUGAGCCAUUUACGAUUGAGAACGAGUUGUUGACUCCUACACUCAAGCUCAAGCGUCCGCAAACAGCGAAGAAAUUCCGCGCCGAGAUUGACCAGAUGUACGAGGAGGCUCUUGCUGAAGAGGCUCCGAUGGCGAAGUUGUAG